AUGGCAUCCCCGCACGUCCUCUACUACUGUCCCUGCAAUCCGCAUAACCCGACCGACGCCUCAUCGUCGUCCGCGGGCGGCAGCCGCCAAAUAUCCUCGCUCGCCUCACCUCCACCAGGCCUACCCGCAUCGUCGCCCGCAUCCAGCCAUGGCUUUCAUCCGCUCGAGUCGCUCUACUUUUGCGACGAGUGCAAUCACAUACGCUGCAACCGCUGCGUCACCCUCGACAUCUCCUCUUACUACUGUCCGAACUGCCUCUUCGAAGUGCCCGGUGCGAGCGUCAAGGCGGAGAAAAACAGAUGCGCACGCAACUGCUUUGUAUGCCCCUGCUGCCAACACACCCUCUCCGUGCUCGCCUCGGACGCACAGAACGCACGCGAUCUUGACCCAAUCGAUCCUGUCGCAAGCCAGGGUGCUCCUCCGUACUACCUCGGCUGCUCCUUUUGUCGCUGGGACUCGAGACCCAUCGGCCUCGUAUUCGACAAACCCACCGGUCUCAGCCUUCAGCUGCAGCGCUCAGAGGAGAACGCACCCGACGUACUCGAGUUCGACCGGCUCAAGGAUCACUUUGACCCCUACCUCAAAGCACAAACUCAAGCCGCAAUCACUUCAGCAGCCGUAGGAUCUUCCGCCGCCUCCCGCUCUCGCUCCUCCCAAUCCACCACCGCCACUGCAACAGGCGCCGAUUCAACAUCGUCCUCCGACCCUGCUCGCUCCAGCCGCAGCUCACGCGUCACCGCUGCCCGCAAUGCUGCAGCAGCCGCCCUUUCCUCUUCCUCUUCCAGACUCCUCCGCGACCUGCCACAGCUCGCAAACUCGCGCAAUCCUCGCGCUAUCUCUUCCGCCGCUCGCUCGGCGCCCAUCGAACCCGACGAGCUCAAGACCUACCGCGCUCUCAAUCCCUGGCAGGCCCCUGCCGACUCACGCAGAUCUUCAUCUUCGUCCGCCAGCAGCUCGACCAUGGGCGUAAUCGCAAAGCGCGAAAAGCAUCGCAGAGACUAUCUCGCACGCAUCCAAUCCGCUCCCAACCCACCCAUCACCUCCCUCGACGACAAGAUCGCCUCCCUUCAACAACGCUGGUCCUCCGCAUCCAUCGCAGAUCAGCCCAUCCGCGCAGCCGACCUGCGUCCCACACGCGUGCCCCUCAAGUCAAAGCUCUCCAAGAGAUGCCCCUCCUGUCGUCACAUCGUCAUCAAACCCGACAUCAAGGCCGCUUCCAACCGCUUCAAAAUCAAGCUCGUCGCUCUCAACUUUCUCCCAGAGAUUAAGCUGACUCUCGCGCCGCAGCAGCCCCACCUCGACCCCAUCCGCUUCCGCUCCUCAGCUACCCCCGGCCAAUCUUCCACUCCCGCCGGAUCUCUCAGAAGGAGACCCCUUUCAGUGCUAGGCGCGGGCACAGCAUCCGCACCUUCCGAUCCACUCGCCCCCACAGCCUCUUCCAUCACCGCAACCUCUCACGACGUCGACGUCAACAAUCUCAUCCCCGGACACACCUACAGCUUCCAAAUCAACAUCACCAACCCUCUCGACGACCCCAUCGAGGUCCACUUCAACUUUGUCCGAUUCGCCCCUCCCGAUCGCGCCAACAAGUCUUCCUCCACCAAUGCCCAUCGCCAGAGCACAGUACAGACUCUCCCCGAGCCGCGCUACAUCUUCAACUCCUCAACCCACCCCUCAAAACACCAGUCGACAACGGAAUCAGAGCCCAAAUCAUCUUCCGUCAAGCUGUCCCAGCGCCCACGCCUCGGCUGGCAGGUCUACCCUUCAGCCCACUCCGUACCUCUCAACGCCUUCAACGAGGUAUGGGAGCUCGAAGAGUCCGAAGACCUCUUUGUCUCCAAGCCUGGAAACGACACUGCUCCAAACGCACACAGCGCCCAGCUGAACGAUGCUGCCCACAAGCCCUACGCAGUCAAGACGGCCAUCGUUCGCGGAUCGGGCACCGACGCCACCGAUUCUUCGGCCUGGGUCAUCGAGGACGACGAACAGGAUGACGACGACGACGACGACGAUGAUGACGGCUACGAUGACACCGACGACGGCGACGCAGACCAAGACAAUGCCGAUCCAGCCCUUUCGGAUGUUCACGAAGAGCACGAUCCCACGGCUUCUCCUCCUCGUGGCACUGCACCACGCGCACGUCGACAGCGAGCCUCGCUGCCUCCUGCAGCACGUCGACGAGCCCGUUCUCGCCAAGCUCCAUCCGCGGCUACUAGCCAACGUCCACCUUUCAUCCAAAAGGGACACACUACCACGCUCUUCCUCGAUUUGGCCAUCUCGUUCAACGACGCACCUGCACCCGGUCCCAUCGAGCUCGGCAUGCACGUAGCCUACCGAUGCACGGCCCCCGCUGGCGAGCCGGCCGAACCGCCACCCACCGGCAAACACUCUGCCUUCUGGACAUCCCUGCGACUCGGCACCGUCGCUGGUGCAAGCCAGCUCUAG